AUGUGUGCGAGAAGCACUCGAGAAGCAGAGCGGUUUAAGACGCCCAUUGAGUUAUGUCUCCACGACCUGGAUAUCGUCCGCCGUGUGACCUUACCAGAUCUCAGCGUGAUACGAAUGAUAUCACCGUUAUAUAGACCAAGCAUAAAUCCUAGCGCUGCGUCGGCGUCAUUGCACGAAUAUCUAGACUUUUCACCAAAACAUCUGCUACAACAACUUCUCGAUAUUGGCUCCAUGGACGGCGACAUCAAGCCAUUGAUAUGGUGUCCAGUAGCAGCUCAUCGAAAACUGAUGCCAGAAGAGAAAAUAGUUGGCUUCAUCAAGCAACUUAAGGAGUGGAAAAAUACCAAUGAAAUCCUAUUCCACAAACUUGGUGUUGAUGAGGCGCUCUCAGAGCCCAUCAACUUUGACCUUGCAACUUUAGCAAACAUUCCAAUCCCCCCGCCACCGCAUCCAAACCUGCCUAAGGAUUUCUGUCUCGUCCUCGCUCUCUAUGUCUUUUACCGAACGAGGCUUUCAUGGGCACUAAGCAUUUACAAUGGGGGCGAGAGCGAUCUCGAGCUGGAAGCCUAUCAUUUCACUUAUCAGCUAUUGCGAUUUGUCACGACAGCCCUGGAUAGCUCACAAUCCUCUUCCGGUGAUCUCCUAUUCGGAUGUGAGGCCCUGAGAGUAGGUCUUUCACCAAUACUCUUUCUCGCUGGGCAGUCCUGUCCGAGGCCAACCUGGCUUCGAUGGAUAUUAUUUGAAUUGGACCGCAGCGGCCGAGAGGGAGUUUGUAACAGUAAGGCUUUUGCUUCCAGCCUGGAGGUCCUGUCUACUCUCGAGAAACGCGUGGGCCGGGAGCCGAGACAGCCUGAUGUGGAAUACUUCACCUCACCACAUCAGCGUGUCAUUUCAGUGAUUUUCCCUAAUUUGAAUGGGCGGGGCUACGUCACAUACUACGCUCAAGUUCGGCCUGGCCAGGAAAUAGAUUCACGGGAAUCUCAUAUCCCCUUGUGUACCGCCAGUUGGGCAAGUUCUGCCAACGGUGGUAGACCUGCCGUAACUACAUGUGAUGGGACAGAUGUCCCCUUCAGUGAAUGGGUCAUGCAUCAGCCUCUAGUGAAGGAGUGGGCAGAAUGGUUGACAUUCUCCGAGUUUGAUCUUACGCAGACGCUUCAUGAUCACAUUAAUGGAAGUCGUCUUUUAGUCGAUCAUGAUAGGGUAGUUGGCAGUAAGUGGUGA